GGAGUGAGGGGUCAGCUGAGUCCGCUGGACCAGGUUUUGUCGCCGCCUUUCAGGUCCCGCUCUGCCCACAGGGUCCCAUGGCUGCGCCGGCGCUGGCACUAGUAUCAUUUGAAGAUGUGGCCGUGACCUUCACGGGGGAGGAAUGGCAGUAUCUGGACCUGGCCCAGAGGAUCCUCUACCAGGAAGUGAUGCUGGAGACCUGUGGGCUUCUGGUUUCACUGGGGCAUCCUGUUCCCAAACCAGAGCUGAUCUUCCUACUAGAGCACAGGCAGGAACUAUGGACAAUGAAGAGAGGCCUUUCUCAAAGCAUCUCUCCAGGUGAAAAAGCAAAACCGAAGACCACUGAGCCUACUGCUUCUCUGCCAACCUCUGAUGAAACCUCCUUUCAGGAACAAGUGACACAGGGAGCCUCAAAGGAUUUCAGGUUGGAGCAAGCCAGGGAUCAGGAAGGGCCAUCAGAAAAGCAGGAAGGGAACAUGAGGCCAGGAACAUACCCCCACAAGGAGACCUGCCCCAGGAAGUUGAGCCCUGAUUUAGGGACAGAUGAUAGUCUGUGUAUAAGGAUGCUACAGGAGCGAGUCACUCCAGAAGAUGCUCUCCAUGAACAAGACUCACAUGGACCAGGAAAAGAUUCCAUGACUGAAGCAGGGAAGAACCCCUAUAAUUGCAAGGAAUGUGGAAAAGGAUUUAGCAAGAAUUGGACCCUUGUUCGACAUCAAAAGAUUCAUGCUGGAGUGAAGCCCUAUGAAUGUAAUGAGUGUGGCAAAGCCUGUCACUACAUGGCAGACUUCAUUCGACAUAUGAGGUUUCAUACUGGGGAAAAACCAUACAAGUGUAUUGAGUGUGGCAAGGCCUUCAAACGCAGAUCUCACCUCACAGAGCACCAGCGUGUUCACACUGGAGAGAAGCCCUAUGAGUGCAAAGAAUGUGGUAAAGCUUUUACCCACCGCUCCUCUUUUAUACAGCAUAAUAUGACCCACAGUGGAGAAAAACCCUUUUUGUGCAAAGAAUGUGGGAAAGCUUUUCACUAUAGCUCUUCCUUUGCUCAACACAUGAGGAUUCACACUGGAAAGAAACUCUAUGAGUGCAGUGAAUGUGGAAAGACCUUUACUCAUCGCUCCACUUUUAUCCAGCAUAAUAUGAUCCACAUGGGAGAAAAACCCUUUUUAUGUAAAGAAUGCGGGAAAGCUUUUUGCCUCAGCUCCUCCUUCACUCAGCACAUGAGGAUUCACACUGGAGAGAAACCCUAUGGGUGCAGUGAAUGUGGAAAGGCCUUUACUCAUCGUUCCACUUUUAUCCGGCAUAAUAGGACGCAUACUGGAGAGAAGCCCUUUGAGUGCAAAGAAUGUGGGAAGGCCUUUUGUGACAGCUCUUCCUUAAUUCAGCACACAAGGAUUCACACUGGUGAGAAGCCCUAUAAGUGUAGUGUAUGUGGAAAGGCCUUUACCCACCAUUCUGUUUUUAUCCGACAUAAUAGGACCCACAGUGGAGAAAAAUCACUGGAGUGCAAAGAAUGUGGAAAAGCCUUUUACUAUAGUUCUUCUUUCACUCGACACAUGAGGAUUCACUCUGGAGAGAGGCCGUAUGUUUGCAAUGAAUGUGGAAAGACAUUUACCCAACCAGCAAAUUUUGUCCGCCAUAGUAGGAUCCACACUGGAGAAAAACCUUUUGAGUGCAAAAAAUGUGAGAAGGCAUUUUGUGAUAACUUUGCCUUAACUCAACACAUGAGAAGUCACACUGGUGAGAAGCCCUUUGAAUGUAGUGAAUGUGGAAAGGCCUUUAGCCAUAGUUCAUCCUUCAUACACCAUCAAAAGAUUCAUGCCAGGGUUUAAAAGGCCUUUUAAAGUAGGUAGGAAGGAAAAUGGGCGCACUUCAGGCAAUUUUAGUGAACUCAUACUGGUGAAAUACCUUUUUAAUGUACCUUGAGGUAAAUCUGUUCCCCAGAGGAAUAUCUCACUUGGCAUGUGAGAAUUUACACUGAAGAGAAACAUAAGUGUUGUCUCUGUGAGAAGGCCGUUUAUGACAGGUCAUCACAUCUAUGACAGGCAUCUAAAGAGUCAUAUUAGAAAUUGACCCAGCCUAGAGCCUUACACAAUACCUGAGAAUCAUCCUGGAGAGAGACCUAGUGAUUAUUGUGCAUUUAGGAAAAACCUCAGAGACAACUCUAUUUAUACUACAAAUCAAUAUCAAGAAUAUUUUAAAAGAACAAGAAGGAGGUAGAUAAGAAGUAUAGAAUUGUAAAAGAAAUGUAUGUGUGGCUUCUUUCAAACUUCCCUGCUAAGCUUAUGACAGUUUGUCAUUAUCAUUAUUAUUAUUUUUUGGAAGGCGGUAGGGGUAUGAGAGGCAAAAAAGCCUUAUCCCCAUUAUGUGUUUUUUUGUAUACCUUCAUUGCUGUCCAGUGUUGGAGAGUUGGAAUGUUAAGGACAGCUCUGCAAACAUUUAUUAAAAGUGUUCUUUGUUCUAAAACAUUGUCUACUCUUGUGAAGCCUAAGUCUUUGUUAUACAUAUAUGUAUAUGGACAUUUUAGUCAUGAAAUGUUUGAAACUUGUAAGAAUUUAGAAUACUAAAAUGCCACUAUAUGUUAUGGAUUGAGUUGUGUCCCCUUAAAAUAUGUGUUCU